AUGUACACCGCGAAUCCACUCCACCAGACCCUCAACCUGUACGUGUCCCCCACACAGUACAUCUUCGAACCCGCAACCACAAAUGUCCCAUCACACCGGGGGCCCACCUUCCUCGACGAGAAGGAGCCAAGCCAGAGCCUCGUCGUAGACAGGCACACAGGGAACAUGUCGCUCGACAACGAUACGCACAUUCCCUUCGGGCGGGAAAAGGUCAUCACCUGCUACGGUAUCAUCGGUACUCUCAGCCUUGCCACGACCGACUUUCUCCUGAUCAUCACUUCCCGCACGCCCUCCUGCCGCCUGCUUUCUCACCCCAUCUACCUGGCCACAGACUACCGCCUCCUUCCUCUCUCGCCCCUCUCUACCUCCGCCGCCAUCCUGGAACAUCCCGUUGAGAAAGAGCUCAUCGCCCUCGUGGAACAGGGUCUCAAGACGUCGAGACUCUGGUUCUCGUAUGGCUGGGACCUUACCAACACUCUGCAGAGGCAGGAAGACAUUGAGAAGAAGGGCGAAGCCCUGCCGAUGUGGAAGAGGGCUGACGAUAGAUUCUUCUGGAACAAGUUUCUGAUGGAAAAGAUGAUUGAUGUGACGGAGAACCAAGGCGUUGAUCUCAGUAGAUUCAUCUUGCCUGUUACCUAUGGCUCUGUCGAGCUCCGCUCUUCCAACCUCAACAACCGAGACAUCCUGUUCCUCCUCAUCUCUCGUCGCUCUCGCUACCGAUCCGGUACCCGUUACUUUACCCGUGGUAUCAACGCCUCUGGCCAAGUUGCCAAUUUCAACGAGACUGAACAGAUCGUGCUCUUUGAUCCCCUGCCGGAGAAUGGCCAGGAGUAUAGGAGGGGAAGGGUCGAUGGGAGGGAGAGGUUGAGUUUCGUACAGACCCGAGGGAGCGUGCCGCUUUUCUGGGCAGAGGUCAACAACCUGAGGUACAAACCUGAUCUUCAGAUCAUGGACUAUACCGAGACUCCUCAAGCCCUCAAGGCCCACCUGGACGACAUGAUCGGGACAUACAACCACACCUACCUCGUCAACCUGGUCAACCAGAAGGGCCACGAGCAACCCGUCAAGGAAGCUUUCGAGCGCUACAUGUCCCUCCUGUCUUCAUCCGACCCCGUCAUACGUGAAAAGGCCCACUAUGUCUACUUUGACUUUCACCACGAGUGCAAGGGGUUGCGAUUCGACAGAAUCUCCUUGUUGAUCGAUAGGCUCGCGCCGGCGGUGGAAGAGAUGGGAUGGUUCCAUUCUGUCAACCCGCAAUCUUCUACCUAUGCCAACACCCAAGAUGUGGAAGGUGGUGCUCGAGUACUGCGCAAGCAGGACGGUGUGGUAAGGUCAAACUGUAUGGACUGCCUUGAUAGGACGAAUGUGGCACAGUCUGCGCUCGGGCGGUGGGUUCUGAACCAGCAGUUGAGAAAGGUGGGAAUCAUCAGUAUCAAGGAGAGUGUGGAGGAUCAUGACGACUUUAUGCUCAUGUUCCGACAUGUGUGGGCGGACCACGGCGACACCGUAUCCCGUGCUUAUGCCGGUACCGGUGCUCUCAAGGCAGAUUACACUCGUACCGGAAAGCGCACCAAGGAAGGACUUCUUCACGACGGCUACAAGUCCAUCAUGCGAUACAUUCGAAACAACUUUUUCGACGGUGAUCGUCAAGAUGGAUUUGACAUCCUUACCGGUGCAUGGGUGGCGAGGAGGGGCGGGGUGGCUCCUUUGACGGACACAAGGCCGCUCAUCAUGCGAUCUAUGCCCUAUGUCUUUUCAUUCGCCCUCACCAUGAUCUUUGCCGCUCUCACCCUCCCCCGCACCUCCUCCCUCUCCAUCUCCUCCUUCCUCGUCCUAUGGUUCAUCCUCGCCUUCCUGUCCGGGAGCUACAUCUGGGGCAACGGCACCUCGUACGUCUCCUGGCCCCGACUCAAUCCCCCGCUCGAGAUCCUGUCCUACGCUGGCCCUGGGGCAAGGUCGAUUGCGAGAGGCAGGGGGCUUUCGUUCCCUGCCGUCUUUGAUAGGAGACAGAAGAAUGGGCCGGGAGCUGGGCUUUUGGGGGCUGCGGUCGGGGCUGGGAAGGGCGAUGGCAGACCGGCGGCGUACAAGCUGGAAGAGUUGGAGCUGGGCAAGAGGAAGGGUGCUCUGAUUGAUUGA